UGUGACGUCAAAUCGCGGGGAGCGGACAUGGCGGCUGCCUCAGUGCAGGGAUUGAAGAGCGCGGUGUGGCACAAGAUCAAAACAGAAAUCUUGGACGACGGCAGGAAAGCAGAAGAAUGGAAGAUUCUGCUUUUAGACCAUUUCACCACCAAGCUGCUGACACUGUGCUGCAAGAUGACAGACCUGCUACAGGAGGGUAUAACAGUUGUGGAAGACCUUUUCAAAAUCCGCCAACCAGUUGAGCAUAUGAAAGCCAUUUACUUUAUAUCUCCAAAUGAGAAGUCUGUAGAUUGUCUGGUGAACGACUUCAAGAACAAAUCUCCUAACAAGUACAAAGCAGCCUAUGUCUACUUCGCUGACGUCUGCCCCGACCACCUGUUCAACAAGCUGAAAUCCUGCACCCCCAAAGCCAUCAAACGAUGCAAGGAGAUCAACAUUUCAUUUUUUCCUCAAGAGUCCCAGGUUUUCACAUUAAAUGUCCCUGACACAUUUCACUUGAUGUACAACCCAGACAGAAGUGAGGAUAAGGAAUCUGCCAUGCAGUCUAUGGCCCAGCAGAUUGUGACGUUAUGUGCAACGUUGGAGGAAAACCCUGGUGUGAGAUACAAGAAGGAUCCCCUGGGCAAUGCAGAAGAACUAGCCAACUUUGUAGAAGAAAAGCUUGUUCAGUAUUACAAAACCGAUGAAAAGGACCAGUUUAAGGAGAAAUCUCAGUCGCAGCUGCUUAUCCUGGAUCGAGGGUUUGACCCAGUGUCUACAGUGCUGCAUGAACUCACCUUCCAAGCAAUGGUCUAUGACCUCCUGCCCAUUGAGAACGAUGUUUACAAGUACAGUUCAGAGAAAAUGACUGGGAAAGACAAAGAAGCUCGUUUAGACGAAUCUGAUGAACUGUGGGUGAAAAUCCGACAUAGGCACAUUGCAGAUGUCCUGACAGAAAUUCCAAAACUUGUCAAAGAAAUAUCCAACAGCAAGAAAGAGACCGAAGCAAAGUUGUCCAUAAGUAACCUAUCCAAUCUCAUGAAAAAGAUGCCGCACUUCAGAAAGCAUAUCCGAAAACAAGCUCUGCAUCUCAGUUUAGCGGAGGAUUGUAUGGAGAAGUUUAAGGCAAAUCUGGAAAGGCUCUGCAAGGUAGAACAAGAUCUGGCUUUGGGGACAGACGCCGAAGGACAGAAAGUUAAGGAGCACAUGCGCGUCCUGUUACCAGUGUUGCUUAACAAAGACUUGGACAAUUACGACAAAAUUAGAGCAAUUCUGCUUUAUAUAUUUGUGGAGAAUGGAACCACACAAGAGAAUUUAGACCGACUGAUCCAACAUGCCAAGAUUGAGAGCGAUGGAGAUGUCCUGAAGAACUGGAAAUACAUUGGUGUUCCUAUUGUCCCCAAGUCGUCGCAGCGUAAACCCACAAGGAGGGACCGUUCGAAAGAAGAAACGUUUCAGCUCUCCCGGUGGACUCCAGUAAUAAAGGAUGUGAUUGAGGACAAUAUUGAGAACAAGCUGGACCAAAAGGAGUGGCCAUACUGCUCAGAAUGCCCAGCAGCAUGGAACGGUUCUGGAGCCGUCAGUGCCCGGCAGAAGCACAACACCAUCUCUCGGGAUGAAAGGAAGAGUGUGUCUAAGCUGAUCGUUUUUGUAAUUGGUGGUCUCACGUAUUCUGAAAUUCGUUGUGCGUAUGAAGUGACACAAGCCAAUAAAUAUAUGCAGGUUUUAAUUGGUUCCACACAUCUGAUCACUCCCAAGAGAAUGCUGGACGACAUAAAGAGUCUCAGUAAGCCACAUGUUCCCAAAGAAAGCUUCACCAUUGUUAGUGACUAGCAGGCUGCUGUGCAUUGUCAUUACAGGAAGAAUUGUGCACUUUGUAUGUAAAUGAAAGUCUCCGUCUCACAUACAUCUCUAGCAGAGGGAACUUCGCCCCUUCGUGUGCAAUGACUGGAAAUAAAUGUACAGAUUCAUUUUGUCACAUUGUUAGAGCAUUGGUAAAACUACUAAAGUGUUUGUUUCUUUGCACUGAGAUAUAAUCCUGUACAGGCUGUAUUAGCUGUAUUUACUGCCGUGUGUGUGUGUGUAUAUAUAUAUAUAUAAUUCUAUCUGAUUCUAUAAUGCUAAACACUCUUAAUUUGUAUCAAUACCACAUCACCAGUUUUAUUGUAAUUGCAUAUUUCCUGUAAAUAAUCUCAUAGCAAAGGAAAACGUUCUCUGAUGUAUUAUUUUUUAGGAACUGUGCAGAUGUCAUGCUCUGUGCCUUUAAAUAUUUUUAAGUAAUGUGGCACUUCAGUAUUUAUAGUCAUGCAGGUCUUAAAUUGCAUUUUUUUAUAGAAAGUGAUCUAUGACUAAUACAGAGAUGGUCCCUCUAACUAGGGAGUAUAUAGAUUUUUGUUACUGUUAAAAAAAAAUAAUGUUUUUUUAAUACUUGUAUGCUUACAUUUAAGAAUUUGCUAAUCACAAUAUUCGGAAAAUGUAAGGCUUUAAGUGUUAGGUGUAGAGAAUUUAAGCUUACAAAUAUGUAUUUGUAUCAUACAUUGAGACUAUCUUUAGUUACAAAAUCUGAAGCUCCACCCUCCUUAAAUGAUAAACUGCCAGAAACGAAUCGGAAUCUGUACAUAGGAAUCCUAUACCUUGCUGGCAGCGGAAAGAGAAGCCUGGUCCCUUUUUUAGCAAGGAAAUAACAGUUCACUCUCAGACUGCAAAGGCAUGCUUGCAUUAACCCCUGAGCGGCUGCAUAAUUCAUUUUACUUCAUUUCAGAGGAUUUUUAUAAUGUUAAAAAAAAAACAGUUCUACUUUGAAAGUGUAAUGUCAAUAUGAGCAUCCCCUGUCAUUUGAAAUCCUUUAUUUUGGCACAGAAUAUACAUGUGAUGAACGAGUUAUGUGUUGUGUGUCAGUUACAUGUAAAUUAUGAGACGUCUAUAAAUGGUUCUAAUGGUUUUUGCAAUUCACUUAUUUUUCUUACAUUAAACGGUCAAUAGAAAAGGGAAAUUUUCUUGUGCACAUUGACCCUAAAUAAACAGAGUUUUUAGUUUAAAACCUGUUUUAACCAGAAAACUGUAAGCAAAAAUGAUAUCAGAAUAAAAUUAUUUUAACACUU